CGUACGUUUUACAUAGAUGGCGCUAGUUUAAUCGGACCGUAACAAAAAGUCUCCAUUAUUCAGGGAGUUUCAGUCUGUAGACGUUCCAUUUGAUUUUGUCGGGUAAUAGGAAAAACAACCUUUGAAGUCAAUAACAAACCGUUCGUGUCUAUGGUAUGUAUUAUAGUACUGGCAGUAGUGGCAGAUGAGUUUGGCAUGAGGCAGUCUUGUAUUGCAUUGACUUUGAGCGGUUGUUAUGUUGAUCGCCACUAGUGCAUUCGCAGUGAAUUUGUGUUUUUAAAAGAAUUGUGACUGAAAAUGCUAAAGAAAUGUAAUGUUUAAAGUCUUAUUUUAACAGUGAAGUGCAGUUUAGUGAUUCUAAGUGAACGUUAUUGUGUUAAACUUGACGGGCGUAAUUCUGUGCUAUUAUUUAAAGAAUAGCCGGCUUACUUAUCUUGUUGUGGAAAUGCAGUUGGUGUUUUCUGGAUGCCAACGAUGUAGCGGUGCAAUCACAAACUGCGAAAACGUGAAGAGUGCUCGAUAUUGAGUUCCAAACUCGUCCCAUCCCUGAAAACUCGCGCGGGAAACAGUUGCGUUAAUUCCUUAUUAAAAAAUGUCGCAAUGUGAUUGGUUUACGCGAUCAGCGUGUUCUUGAUUAGUGAUGUGCCGUGUCGAUAGUGGUUAUCGUUAGUGAGAUGGCGACUAUGGAUUUGACGAACGAGGUGGUCCGCUUAAGGGCCGAGCUCGAGAAGGUCUCGACUGAAAGGGACAUGCUUCUAUGCGAGGUGUCGAACCUGCGCAGGGAGCUCGAGCUUAGCGAGUUGAAGAACCUGCAAGAUGACAGCUUCUCCCAGAAAGUGGACGAGGAGGAAGGCAGUGGCAGCGUGGCUCUCCAUCCGCCGGACGGGUUCUACUCCCACCAGCACUCCAUUCACAGCGGGCACCAUGGCCACCAUGCGGAGCCCGACCGGGGCUACAUGGAGGGCAACAGAUACGUCACUGCUGUGCACAGGCCCAUGCCUGCCCUAAACCAUUCGAACUCGUCAUGCUCGUCCGCGUCGAACGCCUCGACCGGCGCCGGGCUGUGCGCGGGCGCCACCGAGCCAGCGCCGCCACUGUACAUCGCCGCGCCCCCCGAGGGCUUCGGCCACGCCGUCCACAACAGGCGUGGCACAGACGUGUCCAUCAUUGGAACUACAGGGAUAACGCAAAAAGAUCCCAGUUUACCCCAAAAAAGGGGUAAAUUGACCAGAGGUCGUUAUGAAAUGUCACAAGAUCUGCUCGACAAGCAAGUUGAAAUAUUAGAAAGAAGAUACGGCGGUCUCCGCGCCCGGCGCGCCGCUGUGACCAUUCAAAGAGCUUUUAGGAGACGACAGCUCUUAAAGAAGUUCAGUGCCAUCACGGCGAUGGCGAAGGCUGCUGAUUCCACGGCCAGAAGAAUGCAGGACGGGCCGGAUCAUGGUCAACUAGUCAAUGGAAACGACAUAUACGCAAACGCGCUGAUACAGAAGAGCCCGGGCGGCGCCGAGAAGGUCUUGGCCCUUACUAGGCCCAUGCGUUCCAUGUCGCUGCGAGAACGCCACGAUAUCGAUAUGAGCAAUCACCUGCAGUGCGAAAGCCAGGACGUUGAUGCGAUGGUAGCCAGAGUUCAACAGUCCGCACACCAGAUACACAUGCUGGCGACGGACAUGCCGCAACAUCAUAGAGGCGACACCGACAGCGGGGUGUGCAGUUGCUCAGUGAGCGGGUCGGUUACGAACAUAUCGACGUCGUCCUCGCACAAUGAAUCUCUACACAACCACCAGUUGUUAAACAAUACAGGUCCCAUUUACGGCAACCUCCUGUCCUCUGGCGGCAAACCGCUGUCCUCGCCGACGGCAAGACAGCAGCAACAACUAGCGGCCAUACAAGCAGCGAACGCGCGUCGACUUCCACCCGACGUGCCCAAACGUACUAGCAGUAUCACACUUAACGCCGAAAGCCCAGUUUCCCUCCGGCGCGCCGAAUGCGGCGCCAACGUCGUCCGCGGCGGCUCCAUGUCCUCGGUGCAAUCAUCAUCAUCUUCCUCCUCGCAGGAGCAUCGCCACCACUACCACCAGCCGUACCAGCCAAGAGCUCCUGAGCCGCACGUGCACAUCCAAGAGCAACACUUCCAGCAGCACCAGCGCACCGCAUCAGGCACCCUGUACGAGCCGGUGAACAGCUACGGCGUGUGGAAGCGGCAGGACGCGCCGCCGUACUACGAGGCGCCGCCGUACUACGAGGCGCCGCAGCAGUGCUGCCGCCCCGUGCACGACACACAGAUCAAGGUUUCAGAAACGGUCCGGAAGCGCCAAUACCGCGUGGGACUCAAUCUGUUCAACAAGAAACCCGAACGAGGCAUUGCUUACCUCAUCUCCCGGGGAUUUCUGGAAAAUUCCCCCCGUGGUGUUGCAAGAUUCCUUAUUACUAGAAAAGGCUUGAGCAAGCAGAUGAUUGGCGAAUAUCUUGGGAAUCUGCAGAACCAGUUCAAUAUGGCUGUGUUAGAAUGCUUCGUAAACGAGCUGGACCUGUCGGGCAUGGCCGUGGAUGUGGCGCUGCGCCGCUACCAGGCGCACUUCCGGCUGCCGGGCGAGGCGCAGAAGAUCGAGAGGCUGGUCGAGGCGUUCGCGCGCCGCUACUGCGUCUGCAACACGGACUUCGUGCAGCGGCUGCGGACGCAGGACACGAUCUUCGUGCUAGCCUUCGCAAUCAUCAUGCUGAACACCGAUCUUCACACUCCCAACCUGAAGCCAGAAGCGCGCAUGUCACUCGACGACUUCGUUCGGAACCUACGAGGCAUCGACGAUUGUGGUGACAUCGACCGUGAUAUGCUAGCUGGCAUCUAUGAACGGGUGAAGUCAAGCGAGUUUAGACCGGGCAGCGAUCAUGUGACGCAGGUGAUGAAAGUGCAGGCGACCAUCGUGGGCAAGAAGCCUCACCUGGCCUUGCCGCACCGCCGGCUCGUGUGCUACUGCCGGCUCUACGAGAUACCCGACAUUCACAAGAAGGAGCGUCCGGGCGUGCACCAGAGAGAGGUAUUCCUCUUCAACGACCUGCUGGUGAUAACGAAGAUCUUCAGCAAGAAGAAGUCCUCGGUCACGUACACCUUCCGCCAGUCCUUCCCUCUCUGCGGCAUGAGCGUCAAUCUGUUCUCCGUGCCACACUACCCGUUCGGCAUCCGCCUGUCCCGGCGCGUGGACGGGCGGCGCCUGGCCACGUUCAACGCGCGCAACGAGCACGACCGCUGCAAGUUCGCCGAGGACCUGCGCGAGAGCGUGGCCGAGAUGGACGAUAUGGAAGCCAUGCGGAUUGAGGGCGAGCUCAAUCGCGGGAAGGGACGGCAGGGGAAUAAUAACAGACAAGUGAUGGAAAACAGAGACAGCGGCGUAGCUGAUGUCGAGAUCGAUCAUCAACAAUGCAUGGAUCACGUCCACGUGCACGGCGUGGUGGUCCCGCCGCCGCCGUCGUGCCCGGCGCCGGCGGCCCCGGCGCGGCACGCGCAGAACCCGCCGCCCACCAGCAUCAUCAAGCGCAACGUGCUUUCUAACUCACUUGUCGACAUCAAUGACCCAGUGGCAAUGGCAGCAGAGCGGCUGCAGCGGCGCGGCUCCGUGGGCUCCCUGGACUCGGGCAUGUCGGUGUCGUUCCAGCACGGGUCCCGCAGCGCCCUGCACGCCACCUCGCCCCGGCAUCCCCCCGACCAACGCUCGCCAGGACGUCUUUUCAGCGGAAUAUUCCCCAGCCGAACUCGAAAACUGAGCGCGUCGGGCGUCCUCGACAAGUCGGGCCACGUCGGCAAGAGCACCGAGGUGUAAGCCAAUCGCAGCGGCACCGAGGUAGCCAAUCACAGCGCCGCGCGCUAACCCUUCAUUUCGAAUUUGGAACUCUUUCCAUUGAUUGGUUCAUUUUAAAUUUCGAAUGCAUUCCAAAUCGUUUACGUUUUAGAACGUAACGUAGUUUGGAUGAAUGUAGUUUUUUCUUAGUGCCAUCUUCUUUUUAAUUUGGAUGAUAGAAGUCGCUGGGUCACUUUAAACCAGGGUAAAAGGUUAAGGGACAUUAAUGGUAGGGGUUUUCGAAGUGCCAAUGUAAUACACGGCUACUCGAAUUUACUUUUUGAAAUAAGAAUACGACAUUGAAACCUAAUUUGACAAUAUAAAUAAAUGCAACGAUUGUCAGACUGGUAUGACACAUUAACAUUUUCUUGCAGUGACAAUUACAGGAGAAAACACAUGAUUUUACAUAUAGAAUUCACGGAUUUGGAAUAUUUACCUACAUUUUGCAAGUGUGGUGGAACUAUCGAAAGUAUAUGGGUCCAUGUUUUGCAUGUAGUGUGUUGUUUUAGAUGUUGGUAACGUUGGUGUAUGUUUUUUUAUCAUACUGGUUGGUUACAAAAAAAAAAAAAAAAAUAU